AUUAGUUUCAUCAUGAUUAAACCAAAACUGUUAAAGGAAAGGAACUGUCCAGACACCUCCCUCUGAUCGGCAGUGAAGCUCCAACAUCUUUAAUAGCUCUCACUGUUCCCAGCAAAAUAGUGGUUCCGUUAGUAUAAACAAAUGUACAGGGCCUAGGGGAAGGCUUAGCCUAAGCAACUUUGCGAAGUAUAGGACACCAGACCUUGCGACGGGCUUGGCUCUCUAACACCGCCACCAUAAGGAGGGCCAACACGAUCGGGGCAUUCCCCAGGAGGUUGGUAUGGGGGCGGUGAUUCGGUGAAACACACAGAGGGAUAACUUAAUGACCACAUAUAGCAUAAUAAUUGGAAUGACAAAUAGCGAUUUGGAUCUGAGAAAAUAUAGAUCCACCCAACCCACUUUGCCAUCCUCCCAAAGACCACAUUGUCAUAUUAAUGUCAAUCAGACCAAGGCCUGAAGCAUUCGCUAUUGACAAAAUCUCUAAUCUCAUCAAGGACAACUGUGACGCCAUAGUUUGUAAUGAUAGCAGAAAAUUAUCUCUGAGUUGGAGGAACAACAUGAAAGUUCUGAUGGAAUAAACCACGCUUAGAAGUAAUGGUAGCAUUACCCUUCACCCCUGCAUUUUGUAGAAAGGUGUUAUCUUUACAGACUACAUUAUGGCUGUCAAAUGAACAAUUUCCCCCUGUAUACAGAUGACACAACAACAUCACAAAGAAUACCAGUGACAUCAUGGCUCAGUUGGUUUUGAGUAGGCAGUUGCAACAGUUAUUUUCCAGGUGAUGGUCAUCGCAGGUGUGAUGGGGAUGAAUGUUUGUAGUAGGUCGUCAGGACAUCGCUGAGACACAGUUCAGUUCAAGAACAGAUAGCAGUCUCUGCUAUCACAAGGACUCAACUCGUGUCCGUGUCUCCUGGACGUCCAGGUACGAUGAAACGUGUGAUUUAAAAGAAAAAGUGUAGUAUCAGUUUGGGGGAGGCAUUGUCACAGCCUCACAAAAAUAAUGGUUAUAUCAGUGAUCAGUAAUCAAUCAUCAUGAUUCUCAAUAAACUUGUGUAAAUGAAUGAUUGAAUGAGUGAACCUUUGUUAAUUAAAAAAAAAAAAAGAUGGCAUACAUCUCUGUCUAUUUGCUUUACCUCUCUCUUUUUCUCUCUCUAUCGAGAGCAUCCUCAUAUUUAGAAGUUGUCUUCUCAAAUCUCAGUGGAUCUCUCUCCAUUUACUUCCCUAACCCUGCUCUUUUGUGCUUAAAAAUAGCCAGCUUUCACGUAGCUGUUACCCCCUUAAAAAAAUAAAACGUCUGCCACGGAGCUCGGUAUGCCAAAACCAGGUGAUGGCUCACUUUCUUUUCCCCUCAGGUUAUCCAACACAACCCGUUUCUCUGAUCACAUGCCGUAAAUCAAAACAAAAAAAACGUCUAGCGAUUCAUCUAUCCGCACCAGUGAGUUAAUUAAAAAUACGGUUUCACUCCUUGGCUAGAAACUAGCAAAUCGUAAAACAAGACCCCUGGACAUAACAAACGUCUAAGUUAUAUUCAGGACAAGUAUCAACAUUGACAAACUAGCAAAAAUUAACAAAUCACUUUAUUGACCCGUAAUGCAAUUUCAGGACUUGCCCCGACCUGAAGAAACUAGGUCCUUAUUCUGAGAAUCAAACCCAGACGGACGCCGGCACUCUAACCACGACCUAAAAGGAACUUGGUCCUUAUUCUGGGACUCGAACACAGACGGACGUCGGGAGUCUAACAGCGACCUAGUGGAACUUGCUCCUUAUUCUGGGACUCAAACACAGACGGAAGUUGGGACCCUUACCACGACCAAAAGGAACUUGGUCCUUAUUCUGGGACUUGAAACCAGACGGAUGACGGGACUCUCACCACAACCUAAUACAUUCGUUCACAUUAUGAAACAAUAUGUAUGAAUGCACUGGAAGCAUUAUAUUAUAGAGCUGGAAAACUUAAUACUAAUAGGCUACCAAAGUUUGGUAGAGAUGCACAGUGUUUGAUAAAGAAGUAGGUGUUCAUUACUGUGUCUUGUAAUGGCUAAUCCACAUCCCAAUAAGUAGCCUAGUUAACUAGGGGCCCUCUGUUCAAGGUCAUGUUAGUACCCUUCUCCUGGUUGUAUAAAUUCGAGCAUUACAUGAUUUUCUACAUCAGUAGUAACAACCGCACGUAGGUAAUGUAUUGAGUGUAGUUCCUAGUCUUGAGUUAUGUUCUUGGUCAGUGAUUCCCAACACCCGGUUGCUGGACCCGUUAGUACCAGACAUUGAAAUAUUUAGCAGAAAAGGGUAAUUAAAACACAAAACGAUUGAUAUACAACCAAACCACUGUAAAGUAUGCACUGUAAAUUAAAUGUGUCUUUGCACUACUUCUGUUUUUAUCGAAGUCUCAGGUGACUUUUAUUGUGUUUCUCUUAUAAAUUGUAUUUUUUUGUACUAUUGUAUUGUUGAAGGGAGCCUGAGACUCACGCAUUCCAUUGCUGUUGCUUUAAUUGUUGUGAAUAUGACGAAUAAACAGCCACACACUUUCUUUAAAAAUUAUGCAUCUUAAAAUGAAGGCAUUCAAAUUGACCACCGGUUGGGAACCCCUGUUCCCGGUGACGCAUUUCCCAGACCGUUGGGCCGCAUACAGUUGUAUGAAGAGCUAAGUGACGAUGAACACAUCCAGUGAAGAACACACAACAACCUCCUCCUCUAACGUCCUCUUCCCUCUCUCCUCCCAUGGGCGCACCUAUAGGCUUCCUCAAUGUGCUGAUGAACUUCCAAUGGCAAAGCUUGCUGUGCCAGGUGGAGGUGGGGCUCCUGAAGAUGUUCGGCGACGAGGAGGGGCCGUCUGACGAGGGCGACCGCCCGCCACAGUACACCCUGCCGCUACGAGGGGCAGACGUCCUCCCUGGGCCUGACACUGAGCAAUCCUACCGCAUCUAUCUCAGCCUACAUGGGCUUCAGAUGGCCGUGUUGGAGGCCAGCUGCUUGGACGACAAACAGCGAUGGCUUCAGCUGCUCAGAGAAGAAGCUUACCAUCAGAAUCCAUCUUGUGGCAAGGAUGGAGAACCAGACAAUACAGGUGUAGCCCUCAGUGGCCUGCAGACCAGGCGAUUUCCCACCUCCAACAUGUACAUGGAUGACCUGUUCUGCCUCAACGAUACCGCCCGCUCCCAGCCCAUCUACUCCAACACCUCCAUACUGCGCUACACGGAUGGGGUGCAGGAGUGCUUAUUUCUCGGGGACACAGUGACCUACAGCAACACAGGCUUUGCCAGCCAUAACAGGGUCUUGGAGGUGAAUCGAAACAUCCAGAAGCUGGAGCUGACGGGGUCCAGGAGGGCAGGUUCGGAGCUGAACCUGUCCACCGCCGGGAAGCAAAACAAACGCACCUCUUUCAGACAGUCUCUGGCCAUUUGCAGCGAGCGAGCUCAGGCUGGCUUUUUAAGGCCUCUGCUGCGCCGCACGGCUUCAGCCAAGACCUCGUUGAAAAGAGUUCCCUCUGCGCUGUUCAUCCAGCAGGGCAAGGCCUUGCCCCGCCGACAGGAAUGCGAGCACAAGGCUACUGCUUGAUACAACUGUCCUUCAGACGCACAAACACACACUCACAUGUGAAGGAUUUACGAUUGAUUUAACUUAUGAAUUAUCAAUGAAUUCACUUGUCAUAAGGACUUAUAACAAUAACAAAAAUCUGUUCAAAAUAAUCGAACACUGUGUGCAUCUCCUUGCAAUAUGUUGCAGAGAUAACGAAGAAAAGAUCACAAUAUCACAAUAUAAAUGACAUCUUGCUAGUGAUAAGUGAAUAUGGAUUUUAUUUUCUUAUACCUUGAUGAUAUGAGACUAAAUGAAAUCCUCUGAACUUCCUAUAUAACAGAUGUAUUUCCAUUUAAUAGCAUCUGUCUAUCUUCACUUUUUUUCCUACUAAAAUAAUGUAUCUUUCUAAAAAAAAAACAAGACCAAUUUUUUUAAUAGAAUAAACUGUUAAAAGAAGCAGUUUCCAUCACUGUGGCAGCUAUCUAUCCAAUAUUUAUGUGUUAAGGCCUGGUCUACUUUGAAGGUAACAGUAGGCUGGAGGCACUGCCACUAUUCUCCAGUUGAAAUCUGACAAAUGUACAUCUGAUCCUUUAAUCUCCACCGUCAUAAUAACCAUUUUCACUUUUAAAUGUCUUUUGUUUUCUAUUGUUUACUUAAACACUUCUUAUUUUAACGAAUCUACAAAUAUCCAAUGUUAUAUGUAUUUUCUGUGAUCAUUUGUGUAUAUUUGUUCACGAGGGAAAGAGAUAGCAGUAAGACACAUAAAUCGACACACGCCAUAAAGGCAAAUAAAGCAAAGCACAAAGACAGCAGGGCAGCCAAAGCUCACAACAUGACUGUCGAAAUGAAUGUAUUGAAUGCAAAAAAUAAUUGAUGACAGUGUGUGUGUGUGUGUGUGUGUGUGCGCGCGUGGAUAUGUGAGUAAGUGUGUGUGCGUGUGAGUGUCUGUGUGUCUGUCACCAACAUAAUUACAAAUACAACUAUUAUUCUAGUGUUAAGAGGUUGUUCAUUAUAAAUUUGAUUGAUCAUUUUUAAAGCAGUUACUAAAAACUUUAACUCCACUCAUUCUCACUGUGGGGUUCCAACUGUGUUCACAGAAACGUUUGUGUUAUCUCACAACUCUUAAUUGUACCUUUGUGAUUUAUGUCUAUUAUAAUAAAAUGAUUGUAAUCAAAUUGAUUAAAAUGAAAUGUGUUUGUUGUUUGGAAUUUGUCUUAUGUUAAUAUACACACCCCUCCUCAUCCUCACCCUCAUCUUCAAACAACUGAUCCUGGGU